AUGCGUCUGUUCAACACUGCCCUCCUCGCUUCUCUGUCUGUUGGCAGUGCGAGUGCGGCCAUCAGUAUUGUUCCUGGAGCUACCUGGACCGCUACAAACACCGGAGAACACGUUCAAGCCCACGGCAACGGAAUUAUUGAGGAGAAUGGAAUCUACUACAUGAUCGGUGAGGAAAAGACCGAUGGCGCCCUGUUCCAGGCGGUCAACUGCUAUUCCUCUACCAACUUGGUCGAGUGGAGCUUUGAAGGCCGUCUCAUUUCUCGCACGGAAGAGGCGGGAGACCUUGGCCCCAACCGCAUUAUUGAACGACCCAAGGUCAUCAAGAAUGACAAGACCGGCAAAUACGUUCUUUAUUUGCACAUUGACUCUACGGACUACAAGGAUGCCAGAGUCGGAGUCGGAAUUGGCGACACUGUGUGCGGAGAGUACCAGUAUCUUCGCAGCUUCCGUCCCUUGGACAAGCAGAGCCGUGAUAUUGGCUUGUACAAGGACGAUGAUGGCUCAGCGUACCUGUUGACUGAGGACCGCGAGUACGGAACUCGUAUCAUGAAGCUUACUGACGACUACCUCGAUGUCAAAGAAAUCACUUUUGGCUGGCAGUACUUCGCUGAGUCCCCAGCACUGGUGAAGCGCAACGGACUUUACUACAUCUUUGGCUCGCAUCUUACUGGCUGGAACGCCAAUGACAAUGUCUACAGCUAUGCGGAGUCUCUUUCCGGCCCUUGGUCCAACUGGACUGAGUUCGCCCCGAUCGGCUCCAAGACGCACCAAAGCCAGGUCAGCUACGUUCUUCCUCUAGGCAACGACAAGGCCAUCUACAUGGGCGAUCGUUGGCAAUCAACGAACCUGGCUGCAAGCACUUACAUCUGGCUCCCUUUGAACAUUGAUGGCACCAAAGUCACUUUGGACUGGCACGAUUCUUGGACUGUCGACGUGAAGGCUGGUACAUGGUCCGAGGCUAAGCCUGAGAUUGAGAUUGAGGGCGAAAGUGCUGAGCUCUCGAACGGAGCGCGUCUUCUCAGCUGCUCCGGAUGUAGCGGAUCUUCUUCCGUUGGCUAUCUUGGUGGCGACUCCGACGGAACUGCGGUUUUGAACUUUGAGGCCAGCACUGCCGACAGGGUAACUCUCAUCGUCAAACACCUGAACGGCGAUACCCGUUCUCGUCAUGCAGCAGUUUCAGUCAAUGGCGAGGAGCAGAACGUGGCUUUCCUCUCUACCAGCCACAUCUCAAGCAGAGUGGGCAGCAGUUCCGUCCAUGUUGAUGUAAAGGAGGGCGUCAACACCGUCAAGUUCUCAAAGUCUGAGGGAUGGGGACCUGAUAUCGACCAGCUGAUCGUCCCUAGCAUCUGA